CAAACAAGAAAGUUCACAAAAUUGCAAAAAAGUCCACAAAUAUGUAUAUAUUAUAAUCUUACCUUUUUGUGUAUGGUAGGUUGGCCAAACCAAAUCCAAGUUUCCAAUUCUACAAACACCAGAAGGAUCCUCACUUUAACUUCUUAUAAUAACAAGAAUGGAGCUGUUGUUUUGCUUUUUCUACUAAGAGCAACAGAGAUGGAGAAGAUGACGAGUUUAAACCAUCUGUUCGUGACGACGUUCAUCGGAAGCUUGUCGAUGUUCAUGGUCAUUCCGAGCAUUGUUGACAUAACAAUGGAGUUUUUGUGUCCUCACCAGGAUCACUGUUCCAUCGCCAUUUAUCUCUCUGGUCUCCAGCAGGCGAUUGUAGGGCUUGGAGCAGUGGUGAUAACACCAGUAAUUGGGAAUCUAUCAGACAGAUAUGGAAGGAAAGCAAUGCUGACUAUCCCAAUGACGUUUUCAAUCAUACCGCUCGCCAUAAUGGGUUAUAGAAGAACUACCAACUUCUUCUAUGCAUUUUACAUCAUGAAAACUCUCACAGACAUGGUUUCAGAAGGCACUACAGUUUCACUAGCUCUUGCUUAUGUGGCAGACAAAACUUCAGAGGAUCAGAGGAUCUCGGCGUUCGGAAUCCUAUCUGGGGUCAGAUCUGUAGGUUAUGUGUGUGGAACCUUUUCGGCUCGGCUCCUUUCAACUGCUACAGUGUUUCAGGUGGCUGCUUUCAUGUCAGUGCUUGCAGUAGUGCACAUGAGGAUUUUUCUCAAGGAAAGUAUUCCAGAUCAGAAUGAGUUGACUCAACCGAUCUUCGACGAGAACUUAAGUGGUGGUGAUGAUGAAAAUGGACCAGAAUUACCUACAAUAACUCAGUUAUCGAUAGGGAUGUCUUCUAUAAGAGACGUUAUCUCCUUAAUCACGAGUAGCACAACAUUUUCACAAGCAGCAAGAGUUUCCUUCUUCAAUAGUCUAGCAGAGAAGGGGAUGCAAGCAUCACUAGCGUAUUUCUUAAAGGCCCGUUUUCACUUCGACAAAAACCAGUUUGCUGACUUGAUGAUAAUUGAGGGGGUUGCCGGGGCCGUUUCACUGUUUCUUUUGAUGCCCGCUUUGGCACUAGCUAUAAGACAGGAGAGGUUGCUAUCGAUAGGGCUGUGGGCGAGCAUUAUAAAUAUACUACUUAACAGCAUAGCUUGGUCAGUUUGGGUUCCUUAUGCUUUAAGAGCAUUUACAAUUUUUACAAUUCUGGUCAGUCCAAUAGUAAGUUUUCCUUGCUUUCUUCAAAGCUUGUCUUUGCUCAUGAAAAAGUGCCGUGGCAUUCACACGAAUCUAUGGCUUGAACAGAUAUUCAACAUUGCAUCGAGUCAAGUUGGACCGAGUGAGCAGGGGAAGGCCCAAGGAUACAUCUCAGGCAUUAAUUCCCUUGCGAACAUUGCUUCUCCAUUACUUUUCAGUCCCUUGAUAGCUCUUUUCCUCUCCAAGGAUGCACCAUUUGACUUCCCCGGCUUCGGUAUUUUGUGCAUUGGGCUCGCUUCGUUGAUUGGCUUCACUCUAAGCCUGAUGAUCCGGGUAGACCCGUUCAUUUGCAUUCAGAAAAUCAAAAACUUAGUGUAGAGCUUGUUCAUAACAGCCAGACAGAGGGAUUUAGGAAAUCCCGAAGUAAAAUCCUUAUUGGUAGAUACUGUGAAUUUGAAGCAACACAGAGACAACAGA